GGUUGACACCCCUGGACUAGAGACUAUUACUGUAGGAGAGCAUGGAACCCGUAGAUGAGACCAUGCUGCACUAGAGUAGUAGACUCCUACUAAAUUAGACAAUGUUAGCCUGAACUAUUACUGUACAACACCUAUUUUGACUAGGCUUUAACUUUUCCGGACUAUUGUAGACUAGACUAAUACCGCAAUAGACUAACAUAUAAUCAGCAAUUACUAAACUACAUUAUGCUAGACCAGACUAUUACAAUACUAUGAUAGAGCAGAAUAUUUUAGACUGCUGUUGCUUUGAUACACUGGGGCCGGGAAAUUAUUCCAUUUAAUCUAUCAAUGUUUUUGGCGUCGUGAUCACAUGGAUUAAUUAAAAAAAAAAAACAAAUUAACUGUCCUCAUUAUUGCUGUACUAGACUCUGCCUGACAAGACUGUUCCUGUAUUAGAUUAGAUUAGUAUUGGGAUAGACUAUGUUGAAAAUUUUAUUCAACCUUUACUGUAUUAGACUUGACGAUUGUUGCAUUAGACUUGAAUAUUACUGUACUAGACCAUCUCAGGAUCGACAAUUCCUGUCCUAAACUAUGGUUGCAUUUGUUGUUGUGCAGGAGGGGAGUAGAGAUUUUCAGGUGAGAGGGGAGCGUGGGAGAUCUACAGGUCGAGCCCCUUGGAUCCCUCCCGGAAUCUCGUCUUGCAGACGAGAUCAGAGAAGCCGAGUGCCGUCAGAGAAUGCUCGGCGGGAAACUGAUGAGCAGGACGAUGACACCAUGACGCUGAGGAAGAACCUCAGCCUGCUGCUCAAAGAGCAAGAAAACAGCCAGCGUUCAAACAAUGGACUGGUCCCGCCCGCAAAGACGGAGGUCCUGCUGCGAGCUCUGGUGGAGGCAGAGGUGGAUGGCGUGGCGGUGGCCAACCAAUUGACCUCCUUCAAGGAAACCCUGGACAGUCUGGCUAAGGACAGGCACCCAUCCAAACGCCAAACGUCCGCACUCACACGGCAGCGGCAGCUUCUCAUAGAGAAGAUGGAGAUCUUUGACAACACCAACCACAGCCUCAGGGACCUCCUCAGAGACUGGAGUCAUCACCAGCAGAGCGAAGCAGAGAGACACUCUGAGGAGAACGAAGCAUUCAAGAGGAGGUUGGCCGACGUCGAGGCUGAGAAUAUAAGACUUGUGUCCAAACUGUGCAGCAAGGAGAAAGAAGCUUCCCAGCUCACAGAGUCAUUGGAGUUUGAAAAGGACCAUGCCAAGACCACGGAGGAGCUGUCCAGGAUCCUGGCAUCUACUCGGGACCAUUUGGAGUCUCAGCUCAGUCGAGUACAAGCUGAAAAAGCCACAAUGGCCGCUCAGCUGCAGCAUCUACAGCAGACCUACGAGCAGCGGCGGGAAAACGACGAUGAGGCAGCCCUGGCGAUGCUUACCCAGCAUGCCGAGCAGGCCGAGGAAGCGUCCAGGCAAAUGGGAGUCAAACUGCAGGAGAAGGAGUCCCAACUGGCGCAGGCAUUGUCCACGUGUAGCGAGCUGCGUCUGCGCAUCUCAAAGGAGGCCGCGGCCAGAAGUCAGUUGGAGGACAACAUCGCGGCCCUCAAAUUGCAAGUGAGCGAGUGGAACGCUCAGCAUCACGUGGCCGAUGAGCGAAAUCGCGGCGAGAGGGAGGAGCUCCGAGAUCAGAUCCAGCGUUUGAGUGCCCAGAACACCGCCAUGGUGCUUGACAAACAGUCCUUGCAGGCUCGGGUGACGUCCGGCGAGGAAAAGCUGCGAGUCGCUCAAGAGGAAACGCGGCAUCUCAGGGCGUCGUAUCAAAAACAGGAAGCUGUGUUGGAGAAAUACAAGCGAAGGGCUCAGCAGGCAGACCUGCAGUGUGAGGAGCAGCGCCUGAAGGUGGACGAGGUCCAGCUGGAGGCUCGGCAAGCCUUGGCGGCGCAGGAACGGGAGCAGGAGCAGCUGAGGAAGGAGCUGCUGCGCCUGCGCCAGCUGGAAACGCUUCCCGAGCGCCUGCGCAGGAGCGAGCAGCACCUGGCGCAGGCGCAGCAGGAGGCCGACGCUCACCAGAGGAGGAACCUGGAGCACAACGCCGCCCUUGCUGAAGUCAGACACAAGGUGGAACAACAAGGCACUCAGCUGGAGACGUUCCAGCGUCGGAACGUGCUGCUGCAGGAGGAGAACAACGUCCUCAUAGAGAAGCUACAUAACCUGGAAAGGAAGCUGGAGUCCAUGCGUGUGGAAAACAAGGAGAUGUGCGAGGCGCUGACCCUGAAGGAGGUCAGCGCGCAUAGCGUGGGGGAGCAGCUGGAGCAGAAAAGCCGCGAGAACGCCGUCCUGGCCCAGCAGCUGCAGCGAACCCUGGACGACGCCCAGCAGCAGGCCCGCCAAAGCAUGGAGAGAGUCCGAGACAAGGAGCGCCGCUCGCAGUCCAAAGCCCUCGACCUGCAGGAACAGCUGAGCCGGGCCGAGGCGCAGCUCAGUCAGCUGCACCGCAGCAAGGAGGAGAUGGAACGUCGCUUCCAGAACCAACUGAGGAACCUGAAGGAGCGUCUGGACCAGUCGGACCAGACCAACCGCAGCCUGCAGAACUACGUGCGCUUCCUCAAGACCUCUUACGGGAACGUCUUUGGCGAGACUUUCCUCCACAGCUGACGCCCAAACGCAACAGACUUUACCCUCGAGUUCUCCUUUCAUUUUGAGUGGGAGGGAGGGGGUACCACAAAUAAACGUGUCCACGUGCCACACGAUUUCAUUUUGGUGCGAUUUCCUUCCUCCCGUUUAUAGUUGAGACACAGUCAGCAAGGUGAUCGGUUCCCGUGUUUUGGGACGAUGGACGAGCUCAUUCCAAGAAAACCGCAGGACCAAUCCGAGGUGAGUUUGGACUUCUUCAGUUCAAUAUAAUAUUGAAUAUAAUAUCGCCCCCAAAUAGAUUUUAAUAAGAUAAAAGGCUUUGGGUUC